AUGUUGCCGACUAACGCAGCCCAUCCCUACUUCCCCGAUAUGAAGGUCACCUCGCCUGAAGCGGCAAAACCUGUCCUUCCCAAGCCGGACUUCGUGAAGUAUCCCUGGUGCAAGUACUUACUUUCACCGUACACGGAUAAAGAAUCUCGUUCUCGCGAGGAAGUUUUACUACUUGCUGAAACGUUUCAGCCACUCACCGAACUUCCGGUGAUGUUCGACCCGUUGUCGGAAGAAGGCCUCCAGUACUUCCCGCCGACAUUCUUCUUUGGCUGGCGCGUAGACGAUGCAAAGACGCGGGAGAUUGCUCACGGGCUUGACCUUGUGUGGUACUGGGACGACAACGGCAUGGGCUCCUCGUGGAAAUCGAAGAAAGACGUUCGCGACCACGACGUGGUCGAUGACGACUGUACCCUUACCGAGGUUCAAGAAUACCUCCGAAACGUCUUCACGCUCGAGGUCACGUAUGGCACGUCGGACAGGGACGAUCCGUUCCAGAUUGUCUGGUCUUUGCAUAACAACUGGACUCCGUGGCAUGAACGUUCUACCGAUGAGUCGGUCGCUGAGCUGCAAGCGGAACUAGGUUUCGACGAGCCGCCGAAGUGGUAUCUUAGUAACAGCGUAUGAUAUUUUGCUGUCACAUGCGCGUAGUUACAUUUGUACCUGUUCUUUUUUGUGUCUCGUUCAGUUAGUCCACUGUUUUCAUAAUCGC